AUGUACUUCCGCACUCCCUUCGUUGUUCUCUCACUCCUCGCCCUCGCCUCCGCCUCCCCCGUCCCGAGCCCCGGCCCUGCCGAAGGCGCCAAGUCACCGGCCGGCUGCUCAGACACGUCGUUCAAGAAGUUCACCUGGACGGCCAAGAACUUUGACUUCCACGCCUCCUACAUCUUCACGACGCCCGCCCACCAAAACUCAUGGGGCUAUGUGUCGUUCGACUUGUACAACCCCGGCGACCAGACCACGGCCCACUGCGAGGGAGCGAGCAACCAGCUAAGCGACUUCUUCUACGGCACCGUCCCUUACAAGUGCAACGACACCGAGAGGAUCGGCGAGACCAAGUUUGACUUUGCCCGCCCGACCAACCAGCUGCGGGUCAACCAGACCUGGACCUGCGACGACAACGACCCGCAGUAUCCCACCACCUUCACUGGCCGUGGCAGCAUCGACUUGCCGCUGGACUGCAAGGACCAGACCUGGAAGAACCCGGACUGGGAGAUGGGCCAGAUCUACUCCAGCCGGACCAUCACCUGUGCGCCUGUAGAGAGCACAAUCAAGCCCAACGAGCUGAGCGCUGUGGCGUAA